AUGGCGAAACAAUUCGAAGGAAAGGUGGUGCUCAUCACAGGCUCGAGCAACGGCAUCGGUCGCGGGAUCGCCGUCCACUUUGCGGCUCGUGGCGCAAAGGUGGCAAUUACCGGCAGGAGUGCCGCUGCCCUAGAGGAAGCGAAAAAAGAAUGCGUGGCCGUCGGAGCCUCCGAAAAGUCCAUCCUCUCCCUCGUCGGAAACCUGACCGAGGAAUCCUUUAUGAGCAAACUCGUCUCGGAAACCGUUUCCCAUUUCGGAAAACUAGAUUAUCUCAUUAACAACGCCGGCGUUCUCGACGUCGACAUGAGCGGAAAGUUGCCCGGCGUAUUGGCGCAGGACCUGGCCAGCUACGACUACAUCUUUCAGAUCAACGUCAGGUGCGUCGUGUAUUUAUGCCGUGAAGCCACACCGCACCUCGAGAAAACGAAGGGCGCAAUCGUGAACAUGAGCUCGAUCCUGGGCUCCGAAAUUCAAGGGGUGCCUUACGCCUACUACGGUAUGUCAAAAAUGGCCCUAGACGCGCUGACGAGAAGCCUGGCCCUGGAGCUGAUCAAAAAGGGCAUUCGCGUCAACGGCGUCAAGCCUGGUGGCGUCACCUCAAAGCUGGUGGAGAAGCAGGGCGUCACGAAGGAAGUGAUGGACCAGAUGGUAAAGUCAAUGACUAGUCGCUUCGACCUGAUCCCCGUGGGAUUCUAUGGAGAGCCGGAAGACAUCGCACACAUCACCGCAUUUUUGUGCGAUAGCGUGCAAUCCCGUUACAUCAUUGGCCAAAGCAUUCGUGUCGAUGGUGGCAGCUCGUUGGUGUGCCCCCUGCUGCUCGGUGAUGUUCUCGAGAAG